ACAUCGGUUGGUGGGACAAGUAACUAUAACUCAUCUUGGCGGAUCAUCGGACGGGGGAUCACCUUUAGUUCAGACUGGGUAACUGGGGAAAGAGACUCGAAGGUUUAUAUCGGCAUGCGGCGAAGCGUGGCAUUUCGUGGAAGAAAGAGACUUAAAGGUAUCGGCGUGCGGUGAAGCGUGGCAUUUCGUCUAUGGAGGAUCAGUUUCUCUAUUCUUUUGUUCCUCUAUCUCUCCGCACGUACAUUCAACAUUCACCAACCCAAGAAGAGCCCUUGAAGCUUCUCCAGAAGAUAGGCCAAGACUCAGCCUUGGAGCUGUGGUCGCUACGUUUGAAAAUGUUUUCACUCCUCGGAGCUUCUUCACCGUUCAACGGUCUCUUUUCUUCGUCUGAAUCUGCUUUUCUACUCUUCUAAUAGGGUGUAGGGCAUCGCUACCGAAAGCUUGCCCUCUCAAUAAUUUCUGAGCCGAGUUCCGAAAGUUGGAGACCCGGAGUAUGCGAACGUGAUAGGGCCUUACAUACGUAUUGGCGCAUUGGUGGGUAAAGAAGACCGCAGUUAUACGUAGUUAGGUCCCCGCUGCGCCGAAUGAUUGCGACCAAUUUGCUGCUGUUCGACCGAAGCAGAAGUGUUUAAACCGAAUGACCGAUCGAAUCCAUUAAGACUGCUCCAUAACAUUUUUUCAUACGUGUCCAUGCGUAAAUGUGCGGUUUAUGCGCUUUUGAUACUUCCUUCCGAACUUCGUCCCGCUGCUGUGCCUGAACUUGGUAUGGUUUUUGGAGAUUGGUUCCGCGGCAUGGAUAUGGAAUGCUAUGUGUGCGAUUGGACGCGGAUUUACGCACCGUGUAAACCGAACGUCCGAGAGAACGACCAAGACCCGCUCCAUAACAACUCCAUCCAUAUGCAUGCGUAUAUGCAGAUAUGUGGAUAUGGACUAGAUACUAUUGGAUCCGGAUGUACAAUUACUGUGGGCGUCUAACACAGCCUCUGUUAUGAUGCUUUCAAAGUUUGCAUGUGCUACAAGCAGAUAGAUGCUGUUUCUUUAUGUUCAUGACCCUGGACUUGUCCAUUACCAUCAUCCACGGAUGAGAGGUAUAUUAUCGAGUGUGCUGUUCCAUUAUUGCACGCAUUUGGUGCACUUGUUCCGUCGGAUUGAACAUGGAUCUAGACCUGUAAUCAUAUUUACGGCUCUAGCAAGUAACCCUCGAAUCUAUUUACAGGUUCCAUUAUGAAUCUUGUCUUUCCGUCUUUUGCCUCCUCUCUGCUCUCUUCUCUAUGACGUCG